CCAAGUACUGGGUGUUGGCCUUUUAUAGUGGCUAAUUAUAUUUUUCGUUUGCAUCCAGUUCCAGUUCCUAGUUGGCCCAGGUGUAUGGGAACGAGUAGAACAGCAUCCAUCUUUCGAAGAGGAGGAUUUGCUUCAAAGCUUUUUCCAGCUUCAAUUCAAAGCUUUGAUCUUAUAAUAAUUCAAUUCAAGCUUCAAUUAUUCCGCCACUUUGUCAUACCCAAAACCCUAAAAAGUUCCCAAUUUUCUUUCUAAUUUAUUUGCUGGUUCCCAACGACAACUGUCUCCAUUUUUCUUUUUUUCGCAAUGGCGACUAGAAACCGAACCGUCCAAUACAAAAAGCAUAGAGAUGCCUUAAAUAGCGUUCGAGCUCCUCUUUCUUACUCAGCUUCCGGUUCGGGCGGUCCGGUUAUUGAAAUGGUUAACGCUCCUUUCCUUCGUUCCAAUCGUUCUUCUUACACUCCUCUCAGCACCGAAGAAGACCCUUGCCCUUCAAGUAACGGUGCGUUUAAAGUUGGUUUGCCGCCAGCGUGGGUUGACGAUUCGGAAGAAAUUGCGGCAAAUAUUCAACGAGCCAAGAUCAAGAUGGCGGAGUUAGUCAAAGCUCAUUCCAAGGCUUUAAUGCCUUCGUUUGGAGACGGCAAAGAAGAUCAACGCGCGAUUGAGGUUUUAACCAAAGAAAUUACAGAUAUAUUAAGGAAAUCUGAAAAGCGAUUGUUAACGCUUUCCAGCAACGGAUCUUCCGAGGAUUCCAAUCUCAGAAAAAAUGUACAGCGUUCACUUGCUACAGACCUUCAGAGCCUAUCGGUGGACCUGCGGCGAAAACAAUCAACUUAUUUGAAACGGCUACAACAGCAAAAAGAGGGACAGGAUGGUGUUGACUUGGAGUUGAACUUGAAUGAGAACAGAUAUAGAUUGGAAGACAGUGAAUUCAGUGAUGUGGGUUUUAAUGAGCACCAAAUGAGCAAGCUGCAGCAGAGUGAGUUCUCAACUGUAGAAAGGGAAAGAGAGAUCACUCAGGUUGUCAAGUCAGUGAAUGAGCUUGCUCAAAUCAUGAAAGAUCUCUCAGUUCUUGUGAUAGACCAGGGCACAAUUGUUGAUCGGAUAGACUACAACAUUCAAAAUGUUGCUACGUCAGUUGAGGAGGGACUCAAGGAGCUCCAGAAGGCUGAACGAACACAGAAUAAGGGAGGGAUGGUGAUGUGUGCGACAGUGCUUGUAAUUUUAUGCUUCAUCAUGAUUGUCCUUUUGAUCCUCAAAGCAUUAUUCUUGUGAUCGUGUUCUCGUACAGUACUGACAGCAGCUUAGCAUCUUAGUUUGACAUGAUUCAUAAUCAUAUCAUGUAUAUAUUCAGAUCAGCAGACCGCCAAUGAUGUUCCUGAGGAUGAUCCUGAUAGGGUGUUAUAAACACACAUUGGUCGUGGCCUGUGGGGAAUGCGAACAAAGUUUUGUACUGCACUUUUUUCUUAAGAGGCUUGUAUAUAAUAUAUUUUAGAAAACGUUUUCAAAUAGGUGCUAGAAUUUUGAUUGUCAAGUAUUAUCUUUGACAUUGUAAUGAGGUGAGCUUUACUCGUAACAAUUCUUUGUGCGACUUUCUCAUAACUAAUGAAAAAGCAGAAGGCAGUCUGGGGUUGUCUUGAAAUCUUGAUGUUCUGGCGUCAUGAUUGUGCUGACCCUCAUUUGAUUCAAAACUACAUAGUUGUAGCCUUUAAUCUUACCUGUAAGUAGGGGUUGAUAAUGGGCUAAGUGUAUAUUUUGGACUGGUGCCUUGUCAACAAAACGAAAUUGCUCCCAAGCCAGGCUUUGUUUGGAGGUGGUCCACCUCUAUCUGUGGCCUGUGGGCCUCUUACUACUAAAACAUGA